GACCACCGCCCUGCCCUGUUGCUUUAGGGCCUGUCGCUUCCUGCGGUGGCGGUUGCCAUGGAGACGGAGCUUGGAUGGCAACCAGAACUAGGGAGCUGGUGGAGAAGGUGGCAGCCGCUAGAAGGAGGCCCGGGAGGUGGCUGAGGGGUCCAGGCGGCGGGACGACUCUGGCCUUUUGAAGACCGGGGUGGGUGCUCUCUAGGAAACUCUACAGAGAAGAAUGUCAGAUGCAGAAGAAGCUCCCCGAGAAGCAACAGGAGAAAAUGGAGAAACAGAAAUGAAAGAAGAGGAGGAAGCUAAUCCAAAUUAUAAAGAAGUAGAAGAUCCACAACAGGAAUCAAAAGAUGACACAUUAGCAUGGAGAGAGUCUCAGGAGGAGGAGAGGAAAACGGGUGAGGAGGAAGGGGAGGAGGAGGAGAAAGAGGAGGAGGAGGGGAAGGAGGACAAAAAGAUUGUCAUGGAAGAAACUGAGGAAAAGGCUGGAGAAGUCCAGGAGAAGGAGGCUUCAGGAAUACAGGAAGAAACCACAGUGGAGCCCCAAGAAGUCACAGAGUCCAUGAUCCGUUUGGAGACACAGAUUACCGAUUCCCAGUCAAUCACAUCAGGAAUUUUCCCAAAAACCCAAAGAGGUAGCAAGUCAAAGCUUUCCUUACAAUUGGAGGAUGCAGAAACAGAUGAGCUUUUAAGAGAGCUGAGCACACAAAUUGAAUUUCUUGAUUUGGAUCAAAUCAGUCCUGAGGAACAACAGAUUAGUUCCCCUGAAAGGCAGCCCUCAGGAGAGCUUGAGGAGAAAACCGACCGGAUGCCCCAAGAUGAACUGGGACAAGAAAGAAGGGACUUGGAGCCAGAAAACAGAGAGAAGGGACAAGAAAGGAGAGUAUCCGACAUCCAGUCCAAAGCAGGGAUCUCCCGGGAGUCACUGGUGUCCAGCACCACAGAGGACAUUCUGUUUCAAAAGGAUAAAAGCGCCCCGGUGUAUCCCUUGACCAUGACCUGGUCGUUUGGAUGGAAUAGUUCUCUUCCUGUUUACUAUAUUCGAGAGGAAAGGCAGAGAGUUCUUCUGUAUGUUUGUGCUCACACUGCGAUCAUCUACAACGUGUUCAGGAACAAUCAAUACCACCUUCAGGGCCACGCCAAUAUUAUCUCCUGCCUCUGUGUCAGUGAAGACAGGCGCUGGAUUGCCACAGCAGACAAAGGGCCAGACUGCCUGGUGAUUAUAUGGGACUCCUUCACAGGUUCUGGAGGCCAGAAGUCUGAAACCAAGGUUAUUCCUGUGCACACAAUAUUUGACAGCUGCCCUGAAGGGAAUGGCAUCAUGGCCAUGGCCAUGACCCACGACGCCAAGUAUCUGGCAACCAUCUCAGAUGCUGAAGUCCAGAAGGUAUGCAUCUGGAAGUGGACUUUGGCAGUGGAAACGCCAGCAUGCACUCUCGAACUCCCCACAGAGUACGGUGUUCAGAACUACGUUACUUUUAACCCAACAAAUAAUAAAGAAUUGGUGAGCAAUAGUAAAACACGGGCAAUAUAUUAUGCAUGGUAUGAAGAGAGGGAUACACUGGCUCACAGUGCCCCAGUUUUAACUGAAAAAACCUUCAACAAGCUUGUGGGAAAGUUUAGCCAGUCCAUCUUUCACUUGAAUUUAACACAAAUACUCUCAGCCACAAUGGAAGGGAAGCUGGUUGUCUGGGACAUACACCGCCCACCCUCAUCUGCCUCCACCUUUUUGGGCUUUCCCUAUAUCAAGCCUUGUAAAUUGGUUCAUUUGCAGAAAGAGGGUAUCACGGUACUUACCACAAUUGAUAGCUACAUUGUCACAGGUGACAUUAAGGGGAACAUUAAGUUCUAUGAUCACACCCUGUCUAUUGUUAACUGGUACAGUCACUUGAAACUGGGCGCCAUAAGAACUCUGUCCUUUUCAAAGACCCCAGCAACUCCUCCUACUGAAAAAUCAAACUAUCCUCCUGACUGCACUUUAAAAGGUGACCUUUUUGUCUUAAGGAAUUUUAUCAUUGGAACAUCUGAUGCCGCGGUGUACCACUUAACAACAGAUGGGACCAAACUUGAGAAGUUAUUUGUAGAGCCCAAGGAUGCCAUUUGUGCCAUCUCCUGCCACCCAUAUCAACCCCUCAUUGCCAUCGGGAGCAUCUGUGGGAUGAUCAAAGUGUGGAAUUAUGAAAACAAACAAUAUCUUUUCAGCAGGGUUUUUGAGAAGGGGCUUGGAGUCCAGAGCCUGACCUACAACCCGGAAGGAGCCCUUCUUGGAGCUGGCUUUACAGAGGGGACAGUUUACGUUCUUGAUGCAAUGUCUUUAGAAAAUGAAAGCCCAGAGCCUUUCAAAUAUUCCAGAACCAGUGUGACUCAUAUAAGCUUUUCCCAUGACUCCCAGUAUAUGGCAACUGCUGAUAGAAGUUUUACUGUGGCUGUUUACAUGCUGGUGGUCAGAAAUGGACAAAGGGUCUGGGAGUACUUAGCAAGACUUCGCUCUCAUCGCAAAAGCAUUCGAAGUCUCCUGUUUGGGGUUUACCUGGACAGCAAUGAGCCUAGACUGCUGAGCCUUGGGACAGACAGGCUCUUGAUAGAGUAUGAUCUUCUCAGGAGCUACAAAGACCACCUGGAAGUCCUGGACAUUCACCACACCGACCAGGGCUGCUAUCCCACCUGCAUGGUCUGGUACCCACCGCUCACCAGGGAACUCUUCCUGCUUAUUUGCAACAGUGGCUACAAAGUGAAGCUUUUUAAUGCUACUACCAAAAUGUGCAGAAAGACGCUUCUGGGGCCAGCUUAUGGUUCCCCUAUUGAGCAGACACAAGUCCUCCCAGUGAGAAGCAUGGCGGAGCUACAGAAACGCUACUUGGUGUUUAUUAACAGAGACAAGGUGGGACUUCAGAUCUUACCAGUUGACGGCAAUCCACAUAAGACAUCUGCUAUUGUUUGCCACCCGAACGGGGUGGCCAGCAUGGCCGUUUCCUAUGACGGCCGCUACGCCUUCACUGCGGGAGGGCACGAUCGCUCGGUGGUGCAGUGGAAAAUCACCUUAAGUGUCCUGGAGGCAGCGGUUUCUCUUGGGGGUGAAGACUUGACCCCAUUCUAUGGUCUGCUGUCUGGUGGCCGGGAAGGAAAAUUCUACAGGGAGCUAGAAGACUACUUCUACUAUUCUCAGCUCCGCAGUCAAGGCAUCGACACAAUGGAGACCAGAAAGGUGUCAGAACACAUUUGCCUGUCAGAGCUUCCUUUUGUCAUGAGAGCAAUUGGCUUUUACCCGUCUGAAGAGAAGAAAUGGAUCAGAAAGACGGUUCUGGGCAUUUCAGAUGCACUCUUGAGUAACUGCCUUAUGGUAGAUAUGCUGUUUCUGAAAGGCGCACUCCUCAUGGAAGUUUGAUGUUGGUUGGAGCAUGGGUCUUGCAACCAUGGUGUUGAAUUGGACGGACUGGGGCUGCCGUCUCAGCCCUGACCCUUGCUAGGUGAGGACCAGCCUCGUAGGAUUUUUUUCUUUUCUUUUUUUUUUUUUUAGGUGGAGUCUUCCUCUGUCACGCAGGUUGGACUGCAGUGGCACAAUUUUGGCUCACUGCAACCUCCACUUCCUAGGUUCAAGCGGUUCUCCUGGCUCAGCCUUCCGAGUAGCUGGGAUUACAGACACCCACCACCACGCCCCGCUAAUUUUUGUAUUUUUAGUAGAGACGAGGCUUCACGAUGUUGGUCAGACUGGUCUCAAACUCCUGACCUCAAGUGAUCUGCCCGCCUCGGCCUCCCAAAGUGCUGUCAUUACAGGCAUGAGCGACCACUCCCGGCCAGCCUUAUAGGAUUUGAGGAGGGGAUUGAUGUCUACGCAGCCCUGGGCACGGUGCUGGGUGCACAGGAAGAGCUCAGUGAAGGGAGGGAGUUAUUAUCAUCAUUGUUAGUCUCGCUGUCUAGUUGCUCUUAACCUAGCAGGUGUUAAUGGGGCACCUUUGGAAGCUGGGUGCUCAUCUGGACUGUGGAGCACGGAGGGUGCAGCCGUCCCUCAUGACCGUGCCGCAAAAGCACCCCCAGAUGCAAGAAGCCCCAAGCAGAGUCAAGAAGCAUCUCAGGGAAAUGUUCCUCAUGUAAACUGUUGUUUAAAGUGCAGGUAAGCCGGUUGUGGCAGCUCACGCCUGUAAUCCAAACACUUUGGGAUGCCAAGUGGGGGAGGAUCACUUGAGCCCAGGAGUUUGAGAGCAGCCAGGGUAACAUAGAGAGAUCCUAUCUAUCCCCAUCCCCCCCAAAAAAUUGCCCGGUGUGGUGGCCCGUGCUUGUGGUCCCAGCUACUCAGGAGGCCAUGGCAGGAGGAUCACUUGAGCCCCAGAGGUGGAGGCUUCAGUGCCCGUGAUUGUGCCACUGCACUCCAGCCUGGGAGACAGAGCGAGACCCUGUCUCAAAAAAAUUAAUAAAUAAAUAAAGUACAAUUUAUUGU